AUGGUAGGCCUUUAUACGUCUCUGUUUCCUCCUCUUCUCUAUAUGAUCUUCGGCACCUCUCGGCACAACUCUAUAGGUUGAAGAUCUUCUCACAAAAUAAAGCUAGCUCUUUUCUCAGGAUCAUUCGCCGUUGUCAGUCUCAUGACAGGAAUUGCUGUCACUAAGUUAACAGAUGCAGCAGCGCAGCAAGCCAUCGACGCUGGUAAAACUAAUGUAACGAUAUCUUUUCUCAAAGAAAGCGGAAUCGCACCGACUCCUCUAGAAGUAGCAUCUGCUUUGAUCAUCACUGUUGGAGCUAUUGAAGUGAGCGACUUUUCCUCCUUCCCACUCACUUAGAAUUUCAGUUAUUGAUGGGGUUUUUACGUCUGUCUUUUCUGACAACCUACUUAUCCGAUCAGGUGAAUCAAGAAUUUUUACAAAGCCUCAAUCGAAGUUUGAGGUUGUCGCUGGCUUCACAACUGGAGCUUCUUGUCACGUUUUUGUCUCACAAAUCAAAGAUCUAUUCGGAAUUCGGAAUCUUCGACGAAGAAUGGGACCUGGUUACCUCAUAAUGGUAUUGAAUUCUAGUUGUACCCUUUUCUAUAUUUUCAGCAUCUCUACGAUCUCUUGCGGACUCUGCCAAAAACGAAUCUCGUUACUUUGACGAUUUCAAUAUUGACCAUCGCUAUUUUACAUAUUGGCAAAGAGUAUGUGAAUCCAAUCGUCAAGAGAAAGACAAAAAAUGUUCCGAUUCCGUUAGAAAUAAUUGUGGUCAGUUGUCUCUGA